AUGGAUGCAGCUAGAUCAGGGAACAGCAAGAAUUGCGAAGCUCUUCUGGACUUUGUGAUCUCGUGCUUUGACUCGCCUGAGGGCUUCACAGUCAUGGACAGCAUCCUGUUCGAGGUCUUCAGCCCUCUCCUAAACUGCUCUCACGUCUCACAGACGUGCCACGAGAGCUUCCAGCGUCUUGCUGGGAUCAUCACGGAAAGGUGCACCGCGCGGGAGGUCAUUGUGCUUCUCCUGGCUGCUCUGGACGACAGGCCCCGGGAUGAGGAGCAUGACUGGCAGAGGAGUGAUGCCAUGCUCAUGGGGGCGCUGGUGGAUGCACUGGGAGGUCUGCAGCGGUCGCAGUGUCAGAUGCUGGAGGAUUGCUUGGUGCUGGUGCUCAAGCUGGCCAGGCGCGCACACAGUGACGCAGUGCCAGCCCCGAGCGAGGCACCGAUCAGUAUCCCCGCGGACGCCUUUGCCCUCUCCACCCUGGCGUCGCACCAAAGGCGGGCCAUCUUUGGGGACACGGCCCCAGCAGCAGAGCCGGCGGCAGCUGCACUGCGCGUCCUUGAGGCCGCGGCUGCAGCAUUGAGGGAGCUCAGCAGUGAGGGCAACCAGGAUAAUGUUGGAAGCGAGAACGAAGCGGAGACAAGUGCCUUGUGGGAGGCGGAGGAGGUGGCUUUGGGAGAGCAUCUGCUCACGCAUGCAGCGCUGUCGGAGGCGCUGGCCAUGAAAGGGCUGCAGAUUGCAGCGGCGGCAGCAUGCCGGGCGGGGACGGCCAGCGCGGGAUUCGGCGGCGGCGUGCGGCAGCUGCUGCAGGCGUUGACCACCACCAUGGCCGGCAACCCGCUGCAGCCCGUGCGCAAUGCUGCGCACUACUCCGCCGACGCAGUGCUCAGUGCUCUCACAGUGACAGCGCGGCUGGCGGCUGCGGAGACAUUGUUCGAAGAGGGCCACCCUGGAGUGUCUGCACUGGUCAUCAACAGGGUGGCCCACGACGCGCAGGCGCUCUGGCCAAAGCCUGACGAGGAUGCACCCUCACUGGAGAUGCAGCAAGGGUGGCGAGAGCUGGAGCCUGCACUGCUGCCGCUCAUCCGCGGCUGGCUGGAGCCGCAUGGGUCCCACGGCUGGCACGAGCCCUCAGGCCUCAUGCGCAACGCAGAGCCCAUCUCCGCCGCCCUCAACCUCUACAUGCUGCUGCUGCUCCGCGCCAGCAACAGUGGGUGCAUGCCAGGGAUAAUGGAGAAGGGAGCGCUGAAAGGAGUGAUGGAGGAUUGCCUGAAGCCACUCAGAGUGGCAGGGUUGCAAACUGUGGGGUCCCUCAAGGGAGCAGAGGAUGCAGGCAGCAGCGGGAACACUGAUGCCAUGCUUGCAAUUGAGAGAGUGCUGCUUGUCCUAACAUGGAUUAUGGGCACUGUAGAAAAGAAGCUAGCAAGGUAGAUGCGUUGAGGUUUCCUUUCCUGCACUUUUCAUUAAAUGAAAUUGUACAAGGGUAAAGAAAUCAUGUUGGCUUA